GUUGGUUCUUGGCAGAGUCUCCUCGUAAAUAUACGAUUCUGCUCCUCUUUUCCAUCUCAAGCAUGGUGACUUCGACCUUUUCGACAUGAUACAAUACCUACGUUCAUUGCAGACCAGAGAUAAUAGCGCAUUGGCGAACACACCUCAUAUUAAUGAAGGCCCAUUCCUUGGUUAUUCUCUUCUGGGUUUUAGGAGGCGUUACUACUGUGGUGGUCGCCUUGCGCAUCUUCGCCAAGGCGAGGAUCGGUCGUUUAAAGGUGGAUGACGCCACCAUGAUGAUUGCCUGGGCUCUAGCCAUCGUUGCAUCUACCCUUUUUACCAUUGCCGUGCAUUAUGGCUAUGGGCAGGAUAUUUGGGAACUUGACUUCGACUCUGCCGUCCACGUAUUCAAAUUCUAUACCAUCACUCAGGCAUGUGUCAUUGGCAGCAGCACUGCCGGCCGUGUGGCCUUUAUUCUCUAUCUUCAGGCCAUCCUAGGUGGGGAGACGAAACAUAGAAUUAUUUUAUUGACGCUCGCAAUCUUGGAGGUGACAUUUAACGCCGUGUCCAUUAUCCUGAUAUUCACCGGUUGCAAAGAUCUGCAGCUGCAGUCGACCUGGAACAAAGGCCUCCCUCGUGGAUGUCUUACCCGUCAAGCACGUUACGCUUACUUUCAAACUGCUUUCAACACUGCAGUUGAUCUGUACCUUGUCAUAGUGCCGACAUGCAUCUUCUGGGGUCUCAAUCUUCGGCUCGGGUGCAAUGGCGGCUUCUUUGGCCAAAACCGUCUCACUUAAGGACAUUAUCAGCCCUAAUUUUACGGGGGCGACUUCCCACCUCGUACGCUGGGGUCUCGUUGAAAGCUAUAUAGUGAUUAUCACUGCCUCACUACCAUGUCUCCGAUCACUUGUCGUCUCGUCCAUUCACCACAUGACUAGCAGACAGCAGCACACCGAUUUCGACUUUAUAUGCCUUAAUGGCGCUUCUAGCGCACAACGGGAUCGAAGCUCCAUGAGCGAACCGUCUAGGCAAAGCUAUUGUUAGGCAUCUCCUGUAUAUGAACCACGGAGGUAAUACAGGAAAGCGACAUAAAGGUUAUC